CCCACCCGAUAAAGUUGACGGUUUGGUUCAAGAUGGCUGGAGAAAAACAGUAAUGGGGACGAAGGUUUUUCCACAUUUUCAGGGAAAAUGAGUGGUUGUGUGCUUUGAAGACGCUCCCUCUUGGUAACUGGGGAUCCAGAGGGAGAGUGGUGAGUGGGGGACAGGACCACUACCAGGACCCCACCCAGAAAGAGAAGGGCCAGGGGAGCCGCUGAGGACGGAGGAGUCUUUCAACUGGACAAUCCUUAUUGCCUUUGGUCAGGCAAUGGAAGGGGCAACGAAGAGGGGAGCCCCUCUUCAUCUCGUAAAGGUCCUGCCUUUGGGCAGCUUUCGCGCUCCACCAGCUGAUUGUUCCAGGAACUGAUUGUGAGGUGCUGGGGUAGGGGUGGUGGUUGGAAGGGUUGGUUACAAGUGAUCCAGCCCAUCAGAUGAAGAGCCUUCAGUUCCGGAGCAUUGCUCCUAAGGCCCCAGCUGUGGUGCCUUCACCCUCCCCUUUGGCCCCAUCCUACCAGCCACUGUCUGCUCUACCCGAGGCUACUACUGCCUCUAGCCCCAAGUCCAUCCUGGUACCCACACAAAACUAUGCACUGAUGCAAAUAGCAGGCCAAGAAGGAACAUUUUCCCUCGUUGCACUUCCCCCUUCUGUCUCCUCUCAGACUCCACAUCAACAAACCCAGUCAAUCCAGAAAAACCUCAAGUUACCCAUUCCCAGGUAUCCAUCAGCAAGAAAUAAGAGGACCUCAGAAAAGCUCAAAUCACCAGUUGCUGCCAGUACAAAAGUUCCUCUACUGGCUCAGACCAAGUCAGUGGGGUGUGGAACAUCUGCAGUGUCAAAGCUAAAGCCAGAAGAGACAAAGGACAUUACGAAAGAGCCCUCUGAAAAGGUAUUUCUGAUCGACCCAGCCUCUGACAUCUCUGUCACUGCCCUGUUACCAGAAAACACUCUCCUCUGUCCUGGUUCUAAGUUAGAGCGAACGGCAGAGGCCAAUGAGCGACCUGCUUCAGCUAGCCUUAUUCAAAACCUCCAGUACCCUUCUGCAGCUCUAUCAAGCUCCACAGGCAAACCUUCAGAGGAACCUAAGACCACAGUGGGGCUGUGCCAAUCUAAACCAACUGCAGCCCAGCCUCAGAGCAGUAUCACUGUCCUGUCACCGGCCAUCUUCAGUAAAGCAGUUCAGAUUAUCCCAACCCCACCUAAGGGUAAACUGCCCAUUCUGCCCUAUUCUAAAAUGAAGAGCUCCCUGAUUCCAGCUACUAAGCUCAACAGUUUUUCUUUAGAGAAAAAAGGCCUCUGUGGACAGGCAGGACUCUCCACCUCUCUUGAUACUAUGUCCAAGAACACAGAGAAUCCUGAAGUCUUGAGGCAAAACCUGGUCCCAAACUCCAUUCAGCAGGCCCAGACGAAGCCCUCACUUAUUCCCGUUACCCUCCAGAAACCACCUGGCAAGAAGAGAGGAAGGAAGAGAAAGACAAUGGAAGACAUUUUGGCUUUUGAAGCCAGAAAGAAGAGGUCUUUGUCUUUCUUUCGUAGAAGGGUCCCUGAAAAACCUCCAGCAGUAAUUCCAGGCUUCAAACAAAAGGAAGUUGAUAUUUCCAAGAAGUACCGAAGUAUCCGACCCAAGCCUAUGUUGGUUAUGGAGACAGUUCCUCAACUGGUGAGUUUGCCUGCACUAACACCAGAUGGUCAAGAACAGGAAAUCUUACUUGGUCAUCAACUCUCUACUGCUGCCACAACCAUGGCCCUGGACUCUUCCCCCCAAACCGCUCCAGUAACCCUUCACCUGAGAGCUGGUUCCAACCCAAAAGUGUUUAUCGGGAGUCGUCCGCUCCACCGCUGCUCUAUCUGCAGCCGCUGUUUCCAGUUUAAGCAUCACCUCCAGAACCACAUGAACACUCACGCAAACAGUCGGCCCUACAUCUGCCCCCUGUGCCGCAAAGCAUACGCUCACAGAGGCAGUCUUAGCACACACAUGAAGCUUCAUCACUCAGAGGUACGACCACGUCGCUCUCUGUGCUGCGAGUUCUGUGAGAAGGUCUUCGGAUAUGUGGGCGUGUACUUUCGUCAUCUGAGGGAGGUCCACAAGGUGGUGCUGACCGUGGAGCCGUCAAUCAGUCGUCAUGAGGAUGACAUGUCUUUAGAGGGAACCAUCUCACCGGAACCAUCAGACGAACAGGAUCGGGAAGACCCUGUGGAGCUGCAAAUCAAAUGCGGCCGCUGUCAGGCUUCCACCCCCACCUUUGCUGACAUGAAGAUGCAUUUGUUGUAUGUGCAUGGGGAGGAGGUCCACAUUCGCGCUUCUGAUGGUAAGGUCCAAAGUGUCGGCCGUGAGGUGGAGAAUGAGCUGGUAAAGCAUGCCGCUCACUAUUGGCGCCAGCUCAACGAAAAGCGCAACCUGGUCAAGUGCGGCAGCUGCGACGAGGAAUUCUUUUCCUUCUCCAAACUUAAGAAGCACAUCAUGUCCCACCACCGUGUCGGGGACAGUGAGGACGAUGAAACUAGAUCAUCCUCUCCUGAAAAUUCCGGUUACUUGGGGGUUCUGGCAGCCGGGGAGGCCUUUAACUGUGUUCUUUGCAGCAAGGUACUGGACACUAAAGAGUCGGUUAUGGAACACUGGAGGAAUGAUCAUCACUGUGAGCACACCAUCCUGCUGUGGGAUGCCCUGAGCUCCUACUCUGGACAAGAAGAGGGGGAGGUAGAUGGAGAUUUAGACAUUCCUGCUCCAAGCCCACGUUAAGCAGGUGAAUGGGCGAGGCCUUUACUGUAGCUCCUCCUCAUACUCACUCAGUCCUAACAAUCAGCAGCACAGGGAUGGAGAGGUUCUCUUAUGGCGUUUUAACACUAGUUUCAUCUUUUACAAGGUUAGAGAUGAUGAGAAAUUAAAGGAAAGGCUGUCGAGUCAAAGGUGAAGCCUGAUGUUACAAGUCGUAAGAGAAUAUCUCACUACGUUAGAAAAUUAAUUUUUAUUUUUCGGAUUGCACUGUUCUGUUUUAGGAGUGUGAAAGUAUUAAAAAUAUUAUUUUUACUUUUUAUUUAAUCGUUAUUGUGGGUAAUAUUAAAUCUAACUGACACAACUGUUAAUACUCAAGGGUCUUUUCCUCUAACCUACCUAGCCAUGCAGAUCAUUUGUUUUUUUGUGCUGGAGUUUCACUCUGUGGAAUUAUCCAGAAAGUAAAGUCUGUUUUGUUUUCAAGCCAUUUAUCCAACAUCCAGAUGGUGGUGAUACAGAAAAACUGGAUGCAUCAGUGGUCCUUGUUAAUUGUUGUUUGCUUUGUUAGCAUUCGGACCCAUCAACAAGUACCUGUAGACAAGAGUCCUAUUUUUAAGUAAAUGAUGUCAUUUUGAAAAGCUUUGAGCACAGCCAACACGUUGUGUUAAGUCUGCAUGGUGAGAUGCCACUCGGAGAAGGUGAGGAAAUAAAAAUACACAGCAGUAGGAUACUGUCUACUAUUACGCUGGCUGACAGUUUUAUCCAUUGGCCUAAGGUCAUCCAAGAUAAAAAGAAAUCUGUUUGUACAAUCCUGACGUAACAUUUUUCAUGGAGUGGAAAAUCCAAAUCCAUGAUUCACAAUUAGAGCUUUCAGCUCGGCACUGAAGGGCAGUCUGAGGGUCCCGUUUCUUUAAAGACCCAUGAAGGAAUGAUUUUGUAACCAGCACCAAGUGACAUCCCUGUGGCCUUGAAAAGAAGAAAAACUUUAAAAAUGGAGAAAAAUGUGUUAUUCGUAGCACGGCUAAUCAUCAGUAUGACUCCCUGUAGGCCUCUUUCAAUCUUAAUGCCUGUAUGUGUAUUCUAUGAAAUGCCAGGGUCUAUUCAAAAUAGUGAUUGUAGAAGUGAGUACUGUUUGCUGAUUUAGUAAAUGCGCAAUGGUUCGCCUACCUGUUGUUGCCAGCUCAUGUAUGCACCUGUGGAGUUUUGUGCACCCAGACUGAGUAGAGUUCAUAGAAACUGUUGUUAAAUCCAGAAGAAUAUGCUAUUUUGUACUUUAGAUUACUACAGAGAGUAUUUAUGCUUGUGAUUGGUGAUUACAGAACCAGCACUGAAACAUUUGUUUGUUUGCUUCACUAUAUUUUGAGGGAGGGUUGUUUUACAGGGAUAGCUUGGAUUAAAUGGAGUGAGCUUUGGAAGUUAUCAGUAAUGCUUCCCUUGCCAGAAGCAGGAGGGGUGGUAGCUUCACUGUAGGAGUAAAACCAAGACAGCUCCAUGGUGUCACAGUACUUAGACAAUUAUUUAACAUGAUGUAAUUGCUUUUAUUUAAAACAGAGAAGCACCAUUAUUCCUACUGCUGAUUAAGAAAAAUGUUCCGUUAUGUUUAUUAGCAUUGGUGUUCUUUGACUUAAAACUAAGUUUCUUUUGGUUUUCAAGUGCUUAAUGAGCAGAACAUUAUCCUUCUAUGUUAUUCUGCUCUUUAUAGAGCAAGUAGAACAAGCUGUUAGCUGAAUAAUUAGUUGGGCUACUGAGCAUGCAGUCAGCUGUUUUAAAGACUUGUAGCUAGUCAGCUGUAUAUUUGAAACAGCACUGCCUUAAUAUGACUAAUGGUUGAUGCUUCUUUAAUUUCCACAUCACAACGGUCCGGUUUGACGAGCAAAAAUAUUGCCAAACAGCUAACUUUUAAACAAGGGAAUUGCUCAUCAGCCGUCUUGCAGCCACCCGAUGAGCAAUGCACAGCAACAGGUGGGGGAGGGCAGGGACUUCUGUACUGUAAAAAUAGUAUGGUGGAAAGUUUCUGUAGUUUUGAGACUGUCCUUUUGUAAGCUAAAAUCUACCUUUUAACACAGAUGGCCGGCCCACACCUAGGUGGUGAAGGGUUAGCGGCUUGUCAGACAGGCCCCAUAUCAGCUGAUUUUAGAUAUAUAAAAUAAACAAUCUUAUCAUAGGAGACCGCUCUAUAUUAGUUGAUAAACAUCCAUGAUUUUGCAAGAAACCAUUAAGUUUGUAGCUGUUUUCCCAGCUCAUCAAUAUCUAUGUUGCUAUACAACGUUCCAUUGCAGGAGCCUAUUGGCUGUAUAAAUCUUCCUCAUUGGCAGUGACUUGUCACUCCACAUAGAGGGGGGCACGAGAUGUGGUGUCGGGGUGCCCUUUUUCUGUUCAACGGUGUUGAAUAAAGAACAUUCCUGUUCUUUUCCUAAUCUAUAAGUUGUUUGGAAAUUAUCCUGAUUGGACAUUGUUCAGUAGACAAAACCUAAUGGUCUGUUGGGGAGGAUGCAAUUAUAGAGUUAUAUUCCACAGAUAUAAACAUUUUCAGCUUCAGUUGUUUCAAAUCGUCAGCUAAAAUUUUAACAUCUAGUCCAUCUGACAUCAGUCUACGACGGAUAAGGUAGCUAUUACUGCUAACUUCAUAGAACCUCACUUCAAAAAACUCCAAAUGAUCCCUGUAAUGUCCUGUUUCUGGGUUGUGAUUAUUACAUGAUAUGUAGCUCUGUUACCAUAUGUCUGUGUUUGUGUUUCAUAUAAAAAUAGUACACAGGGUCAAGUGAAUGUACCUGAAUGUUAAAAAAGUGACCAAAAGUAAAUAUAUAUAUAUAUAUGCUAUAUAGACAUUAUUCUAUGGGUAGAAUAUAUAGAUAUAUAUAUUGAGAAGAAAAUAUCUAUAUUUACAGAGUCCCUAGUGAAUUAGCUGCUUUGUUCUGUCCACAUGGAGUGCAGGUGCAGAUAACAUUACAACAAAAGCCAUGCAGAUCGAUCUUUGUGUGUCUGACAGGAGAUGUAGGAGGGUGGGCGGAGGCCAAGGCAUGGAUGGGGGUCAGCUACAGUGAAACUACACUGUGGGAUCAUCAGUAAAUUGUCCUUUUUCCUCAAGCCCUUAACAGCAGGCACAAAGUGACAGAGUUCAGGGUCAGUCUCUUCGUUCCUCAGCUACACGAGGAACAUACGCCACUGUCGGCACACGCUUGGAAAGUGAACAUCAUCUUUUAACAUGCUGAUGGUCACCGAGGAAAAACAAAAACAAAGAAAGGAAAAAAAGACUGAAAGUGUUUGUGCUUGUGACUGUUUGUGUACCUGAAGAACCUAAUGUGAGAAUAAAGUUGUUGACAACA